UGAAUGGUGCUGGUCAUGUCUGCAAAUAAAGCAUGCAAUAUAAUGCUGCAACAUACAUGUACUAUAAGACUAAGUGGUAAAUCUAACUCUUCUUUUUGACCUUAACUACUAUUCCUAUUCCUAUAUAUCUCACUCCACUCAUAUUUUCAAUUCCUAUCUCAACAAUCUCUUCACCCUCUACACUUACCCUUUUCCUCUCAACAUGAACCUCGAAGACAAAGUCACCAUGGACCUUGUUCCACCUUCUGAUCAACACCUCUGCUACGUUCGUUGCAACUUCUGUAACACCGUCCUCGCUGUUGGUAUACCAUGCAAGAGGCUGCUAGACACUGUGACAGUCAAGUGUGGACACUGCAGCAACCUCUCUUUUCUCACCACAAGACCACCAAAUUCCAAAACUCAAACUGUUGAUCAUACCCUAACUCUCCAGGGAAUUUACAGUAGCAAAAAGGGACAACCAUCCUCUUCCUCUUCUUCUUCACCAACUACAUCACCUGAGUCACUGUCCCCUAAACCACCACCUUUUGUUGUCAAACCACCAGAGAAAAAACACCGUCUACCUUCUGCUUACAACCGUUUCAUGAAAGAGGAGAUACAGCGCAUCAAAGCAGCAAACCCUCAGAUCCCACAUAGAGAAGCUUUCAGUGCUGCUGCAAAAAAUUGGGCUAGGUUCAUCCCUAAUUCACCAACCAGUUCACUUUCUGCAACUAAACGUAACACUGAAUGAGAGAGUUAGCUUUAUGGCAUGAAUGAAGAUUUGGAGUAAAGUGAUGAAGCAAGUGAUUUAGGAGUUUUAAAUAAGUUACGUUAUUAUAAAUAUUGCUAAGUUGUAUUGUUGUCUUAUAAUACCUUCAGUGUGGAGGGUUUUAUAUGUUAUAAACCAGUUUCAUAAUGGUUAUUAGACUUUAUAUUAUUUAUAUUUAAUGUAUGAAAAUGUGUUUGGAUUUGGUAAAAGUAAAAGACUAAUU